GGUAGUAAAACAUUUCAGUAGAUCCCUAUUGGAUUAUCUGACAGCACCACUAUCAAAUCAAAGUGCUUUUCCCGCUCCUUCUUUUCAUUCUUCCCAUAGCUAUCGCCGUUACUCACCAAAUCCCAUUUGACCCCUUUUAUCACGAGAUCAUUCUUUUUCCUUCUUUUUCAGACAGUAACUCAAACAUCUCGUUAAAAUUAUACUGCAUUUUUGAGGUUAUAAAAUGGUACCCACCAUGCAUGACAAAAAACCUGCAAAACCCUCACUAUUCCGUAAAUUCAAGCUUCUUUUCAUUUCAAUGGCUUCCUUUUUCACACUAACAGUCUUUACCCUUAUUCUUUUCUUCUCAAUUUCCUCCGCCACUCACCAUCACAAACGGAGUUCGUCGGAUAUAACGGCGCCGUCAAUUGCCGUUGAGAUCCGAGGAGCUUGUAAGGCAUCGCGGGACCCACCAACAUGUGAGUCUGUACUAACGGAUUCCGUUAAGUUGCCGUUAACGACUCCGUUAAUUAUUCAAUCAGCUGUUAAUGUGUCUUCGAUGAAUAAUGAUAAGGCGAAGGAUAUGGUGAAGGCCAUUAUUGAUGCGAGUGCAGGGAAUCAGAACCGUACGGACGCGGGUAAAGUGUGUUUGGAGGUGCUCGGGUACGCGGAUUAUCGGAUCGGGUUGACGGGUCAGGCGUUGACACGUGGCGAUAUUAAGGAUGCUCGUGCGUGGAUGAGUGCUGUGAUGGUGUACCAGUAUGAUUGCUGGUCUGGUUUGAAGUACGUUAACGGGACCUCACAGGUGUCCAAAGCGAUGUCGUUUUUGAACUCCUUGAUUGGGUAUAGCAGCAAUGCAUUAGGGAUGCUGGUGAAUUACGAUGUUUACGGGGAAAAUACCGGGUCAUGGACCGCACCCAAGACAGAACGAGACGGGUUCUGGGAAGGUUCGGGUUCCGGCGGGGCGGGGAGGGUGAAGGGUGGGGUGCCAUCCGGGUUGAAACCGGAUAUAACGGUGUGUAAGGAAGGAGGAUGUGACUAUAAGACAGUGCAGGAGGCAGUGAAUGCGGCACCGGAGAACCAGCAGACACGGAAGUUUGUGAUAUGGAUCAAAUCCGGGUUGUAUGAGGAGAAAGUUCGGGUCCCGUUGGAGAAGAAGAAUGUCAUAUUUUUGGGUGAUGGCAUGGGCAAAACCGUCAUUACGGGUUCGUUGAAUGUUGGUAUUAUCGGAGUCACCACUUAUGAGACUGCAACGGUUGGAGUUGUUGGUGAUGGAUUCAUGGCCAGUGGUAUCACCUUCCAAAACACAGCAGGUCCGGAUGCCCACCAAGCUGUAGGGUUCCGAUCCGACAGCGAUCUCUCAGUGAUAGAGAAUUGUGAAUUCAUUGGCAAUCAGGACACCCUUUAUGCCCAUGCUUUGCGCCAAUACUAUAAGUCCUGUCGUAUCCAAGGCAAUGUAGACUUCAUUUUUGGGAACUCAGCUUCUUUCUUCCAAGAAUGUGACAUCCUAAUCGCACCUCGACAACUGCGUCCCGAAAAGGGAGAGACGAAUGCUGUCACUGCUCAUGGCAGGAUGGACCCCGCACAGUCAACUGGUUUCGUCUUCCAAAAUUGUUUGAUCAAUGGAACUGACAAAUACGUGGACCUGUACAACAAAAAGCCCAAGGUGCACAAAAAUUUUCUUGGAAGGCCAUGGAAGGAGUAUUCUCGGACCGUCUUUAUAGAAUGUACUUUGGAGACUCUUAUUUCGGCUAAUGGAUGGUUGCCUUGGAGCGGUGAUUUCGCGUUUAAGACUCUUUACUAUGGAGAAUAUAAGAAUACUGGUGCCGGAGCUAAUACAGCCGGACGAGUGUCAUGGAGUAGCCAAAUCCCUGCUGAACAUGUUAACUCAUACUCUGUACAAAAUUUCAUUCAAGGAGAUCAGUGGAUUUCUACCUCUUCUUGAUUAACUUGUAGUAAUGUUCAAUGUACAUCUAGUAAGUCAAGCUCAAUAUCCUCGAAUGUGAUUACAAAACGUCAACAUCUAGUACCAUUGUGGGAAAAAUUUGAAAUUUCUGAUGUGA